GUCCCGAGAUAUGCAAGAAAUCUCAUGAAUAAUCAUGGAUCUUGAUGUGCAUCACUGCGCACGCCUUCUUCAAUGCUGCAACAACCAGAAUACCAUUCACCAUGGUAAACAACUCCACCUUCUUUUCUUUAAGAAGGGUCUUCUCAGUUCUCUUCUCACUAUCGGUAACCGCCUCCUGCAAUUUUAUUCGCGCUGUGGUAACAUGAGUGACGCGUGGCGCCUAUUCGAGGAAAUGCCGCAUAGAAAUUGUUUCUCUUGGAACACUAUAAUUGAGGGCUACAUGAAAUCUGGAAGCAAGGAGAAGUCGCUGGAGCUGUUUAAUUUGAUGCCUCACAAGAAUGACUUUUCAUGGAACAUGGUUAUUUCGGGGUUUGCAAAAGCCGGUGAGCUAGAAAUUGCUAGGAGUUUAUUUAAUGACAUGCCCAGGAAAAAUGGAGUUGCCUGGAAUUCGAUUAUUCAUGGCUAUGCUCGAAAUGGACGUCCUGGAGAUGCUGUAAGACUCUUUAAGGAAUUGAGAUCAUGUGAUGAUAUGUUUGUAUUGGCGACAGUUAUUGGAGCGUGCACUGACUUGGAAGCUGUCAAUUGCGGGAAGCAGAUACAUGCGCGUAUUGUGAUUGAUGGAUUGGAAUUUGAUUCGGUUUUGGGAAGUUCGCUGGUAAACUUAUAUGGAAAAUGUGGGGAUUUGGACAGUGCAACUAAUACUUUGAAUCUGAUGAAAGAACCAGACGACUUUUCUUUAUCUGCAUUGGUUUCUAGUUACGCAAAUUGUGGUAGAAUGAACGAUGCUAGAAGAAUUUUUUACAGAAAAGGUAGUAAAUGUUCUGUGGUCUGGAAUUCUAUGAUAUCUGGAUAUGUUUCCUGUGAUGAAGAAGCAGAAGCAUUGGUUAUUUACAAGCAGAUGAGAGCAAAUGGAGUCCAGGAAGACUCCUCUACCCUUGCAAGUGUUAUGAGUGCUUGCUGCAGUUUAGGCUAUUUAACACAUGGCAAACAAAUGCAUUGCCACGCUUGUAAAGUCGGAGUUAACGACGAUGUUGUUGUUGCUAGUGCGUUGGUUGACAUGUAUUCGAAGUGCGGAAACCCUGAUAGUGCUUGCCAACUAUUUCAUGAACUCAAGGCAUAUGACACAAUUUUGCUUAAUUCUAUGAUCACAAUUUAUUCCAGUUGUGGAAGAAUUGAAGACGCAAAACAAAUUUUUGAGAAAAUGCCGGUUAGAAGUUUAGUAUCAUGGAAUUCAAUGAUUGUAGGUCUUAGUCAAAAUGGUUGUCCAAUUGAAGCAUUACAUCUUUUUUGCAGGAUGAAUAAUAUGGACUUGAAGAUUGACAAGUUUAGCCUGGCCAGUGUUAUCAGUGCUUGUGCUAGUAUUUCUCUACUCGAACUUGGUGAACAGGUAUUUGCCAGAGCUACUCUAAUUGGAUUGCAAUCUGAUCAGAUAAUUUCUUCUUCCCUUGUUGAUUUCUACUGCAAAUGUGGUUUAGUUGAGUGUGGUAGAAAAAUAUUUGACACUAUGAUUAAAUCAGAUGAAGUCUCUUGGAAUUCAAUGUUAAUGGGUUAUGCAACAAAUGGUCAUGGAUUUGAAGCACUUAUUUUAUUUAAGGAAAUGAGGAAUGCUGGUGUUAGACCAACGGAUAUUACUUUUACAGCGGUCCUGUCUGCAUGUGAUCAUUGUGGAUUGGUAGAAGAGGGAUGGAAAUGGUUUGAAGCAAUGAAAUGGCACUACCAUGUUGAUCCAGGAAUAGAACAUUAUUCUUGCAUGAUCGAUCUGUUCUCCCGGGCCGGUAGCCUUGAGAAAGCAGUCAAUCUUAUACAACAUAUGCCUUUCGAAGCAGAUGCAAGCAUGUGGUCAUCGGUUUUGAGAGGUUGUGCUGCGCAUGGAGAUAAAGCUUUGGGGAAGAAGGUGGCAGAGAAGAUUAUUGAGCUCGAUCCCGAGAACUCAGGCGCUUAUAUACAGCUAUCCACAAUGUUUGCCACCUCUGGAGAGUGGGAAAGAUCAGCAUUAGUAAGAAAAUUAAUGAGAAAGAAGCAAGUGAAAAAGAAUCCAGGUUGCAGCUGGGGAGAUUGUUGAAUACACCUUCCCAAUUCUCAAGUUGGGAUCAUUAGUAUCAGACGAAAGAAAAAUGGGAAAUGUGAAAUCAUUUUGAAGUUGUAAGUUUGAUGUGGGAUUUGGGUAUUGUGGAAGGCAAGAGUCAUCAACAAUGGCUUCCAUAAAAAGGUAUGAUUAACAUCAAUUAUUGGCAAUCAAGUGGGGCUCCCUUGGUUAAAAGUAAAAGAGAGAAUUGAAUCAAGAGUUAUUCAAAAUUUCAA